AUGCUGCACAGUAACUUCCUGCUUUCCGGCUACAUCGUCACCUUCCUGAUGGGGGUUCCAGCCAACAUCCUGGCGUUGUGCACCUUCUGCCGUAAAGUGUCCCGCAAAGCGACCCCGAUAGACGUCCUCCUCCUGAACCUCACCAUCUCUGACCUCAUCUUCCUCACCUUCCUGCCGUUCAAGAUGAAGGAGGCGUCGGACAACAUGGCCUGGCUGCUGCCGUACUCCCUGUGUCCGUUCACCGGCUUCAUUUUCUACGUCACCAUCUACAACAGCACCCUCCUUCUCACGGCGGUCGGGGUGGAGCGCUACUUGGGCGUGGCCUUCCCCCUCAGGUACUCUCUCUGCCGCCAGCCACGUUAUGCCGUGUAUGCCAGCGUCAUGUUCUGGGUGGUGACCUCUGUUAACCUCAGCAUCGUCUACAUAAUGCCGGCGACCAAGUUGAAAAACGGCGUCGAGCACAGCAACGACAGCGCCCCCACCUGUUACCUGGAUUUCACCGCAGAGGAGCUCAGCAUCGUGGUGAAGGUCCGUCUGGAGCUCUUCCUGGUUCUCUUCUGCAUCCCCUUCAUCAUCUGCUGCUUCUGCUACAUCAACUUCAUCCUCAUCUUGUCGCGUCUGUCAAACAUCAACAGGCGCCGCCGUCUGAGGGCCAUCGGUUUGGCCCUCGGGACCCUGCUGGUGUUCGCCGUCUGCUUCGGCCCUUACAACGUGUCCCAUGUGGUGGGCUUCGCCAGACAGGAAAGCGAGGAGUGGAGGAACGUGGCGUUACUGUGCAGCACCUUCAACGCCUGCCUGGAUCCCAUUAUCUUCUACUUCUCGUCUGCAGCGGUGCGCGGCGUGUUGAAUCGCUGCUACAAAAACAUCAUGGCAAAGCUGCACAUCCUGAACUGUGGACGAGGGAGAGACUCGAGGAUGAUAAAGUACCAGGCAGAAGCCCCACAUUGA